AAGGACAGAGCAGAGGACCGCUCGGGCUGUAAACCAGGUGGAAAGUCGCUGAGAGAACUGGAUGUGAAGGGGAAGCACCAAGGUCAUGAUCGACUGGCCCAAUGUGACAGCGUCCAGCCAACAGGAGCUGGGCCUGAAACCUGAGGAGCUGCAGAAGUCCAAAUGUGUCCUGGGCUUCAUCCCUGUCAUCUACUACAGUAUCCUGCUUUGUGUGGGAGUGCCAGUCAACAUCCUCACAGCCGUGGCUUUAUCCAGGCUAGCAUCCCGCACUAAGAAAGCUCUGUACUACUACCUUUUGGCCGUGACUGCUUCAGACAUUCUCUCCCAACUCUUCAUCAUCUUUGUGGGCUUCCUGCUUGAGACGGCAGUUUUUCACCGAGACGUCCCCAUACUUCUGCUGCACUCUGUCAGCGCUGCAGAGUUUGCUGCAAACCACGCCUCCAUCUGGUCCACCGUGCCCCUUACCGUGGACCGGUAUGUGGCGCUGUGCCACCCCCUCCUCCACCGCCAGAUCAGCUACCCGGCCCGGGCCAGGAAGAUCAUUGGGGUGGUCCUCGGGUUAUCCCUCGUAUCGGGUGUGCCCUUUUUCUGGUGGUCGGACAUGUGGAGGAAUAGCAACCCCCCCACAGCCCUGGACACCGUCCUCAUAUGGACGCAUGUAACUAUAAUCUACUUCCUGCCCUGCAGCAUCUUCUUGUUGCUGAACUCUUUGAUAAUCCACAAGCUGAGGGUGAGGCAAAGGCAGCAGCCAUGCCAGGAGGAGGGCGGGUCAAAGAUUGCGUCUCCGCGGCUACUUGGAAAAACUACUGCCAUGCUGCUGGCCAUCACAUCUGUGUUCUCUGUGCUGUGGGCCCCCAGGACAGUAGUGGUCAUCUACCAUCUGUACGUGUCCUCAGUUCACCGAGACUGGCGCGUCCACCUGGCCUACGACCUGUCCAACAUGCUGGCCAUGCUCAACACAGCUGUCAACUUCUUCCUCUACUGCUUCGUCAGUAAGCCUUUCCGGGGAGCAGUGCGGGAUGUCUUGCUGCUCAGGGGGGGCCCACUUUAUCCUCGGAGGGCUCUGCCUCACCCGCUGGCCCCCACCAAUGCCUCCAUCUCAUCUCUGUACAGUGGGAACAACAAGCGGUCACAGCGGGACUUCACCCCCUUGUCACCUCACAGAGCCAGAAAGCCCUCAUGACCCCCAUGCCCCCUUCUCUUAAUCCAAAACACCCAUCAUCCCACGGUCCCCGAGCACUUCUGACCCCAGAGACGUACACUGCAUUCCAGCUAGGACCGUGGACAGCUGCCAGUCAGCCCCGGAGCUUUCUCAAAGGGCCUAAAAUGAGCUCAAAAGAAGUAUGUUUUUGUCACAGGCUGUUGUUUGUCCACGUAAAUCAGAUAAGAUGACAGCUUAUUUGUUUUGUUUUUUGGUAUUAUUUUCCAUACAGUGUAGUAAUGUGAUUUUUGAUAUUGUUACAAUAAUGCUGAAAAGAAUUACGACUUGUUUUCCUUGGGGUUAAUUCAAUAGCUGGAUCCAUGAUAAGGACACAGCAAAGAAAAAUGGAAGGGGGAAAGUGAUUAUUUGCAUGCUGCUACAAUAAUUGUAAUCCAUUCUACCCCACAUUUAUCAUGUCAAGUCGUUGGUUUUAAUCUACUUUAAUUGCCCUUCUACAAUAUCCACUCUGGAAGCAGCCAACAGGGAGAAAUAAGAGUUUUUAACUGGCUGCUAUUUCUGCAGUUGUGUAAAGAUGCUAAAUGUCCAAAAGACAAUCCGCCCUGCUGAACAUUGCCAAUCGAGCAAAGAAAUAGCACUCUGCGGUGCGCUCCCAGGCACAAAAACCCCAGCUGCUAAGGGGUCUGUUUAUUUUUCAUGAAAUGCAACUGGAUGGAGCCUUAAAUUAAAGCUUGCUGUUUAGGCGGCAGGAGUGAAGACCCUGCUCUUCAAACAGCCCCUCCGCUACAUCCCCAACAUUGCCUCAGCUCUGGCUAAACAAACUACAGAUUAGCCUGAUGGUCUGCACAAACACACACAUGCGCUCACAAGAAGGUACACACACAGUCAUGCAUGUACAGUACUUGCUCACUCACAACGACGUCAGCUUGUACAUUUCCAUUGGCUUCAACAGGAAUUUGUAUGCAACAUCAUCAUCAUUUUGAUGAUGUUUGAUUAUUGUAUCAGUGUUGUAAAAAUAUAAGAGAUCUGCACUUAAGCUUCUAACAGCUACUUUGCAUAUGUGAUUUUUAGGUUGUGGACAAACUAACUGUAUGUAUAUAUUUUUAAUCAAGCACACUUUUACUUGGAUUUUUCAUGGAGCGGUAACUUGUUCUGUUAACAACUGGGUUUCUAAUGGUAUCUCAUGUUAAGCGUUUUUUCUAAAGUCAGAUAAAUGCCACUAAAUGUAGGGCUAGAUCAAACCACGAACUGACCAUAAUUACUAUAUAAAAUAGACAAUUUACAUACUGUGGAUUCCAGCUGUUGUAAAUUAUUAUUUGUGUUGGUAUCUGUCAAUUUAAGGAUUGCCUUAAACUGAACUUUAUAGUAUAUCCCUACUUGGGAUAUCUCAAUCAAAACAUUAACAAAAGUGUUUGCUGUAUUGGGAAGUAGUGUGGGACCAUGGGUUUAUUCUCUUACAAAUAUUGCCUUCGGUGUUCAGAAGGUUUAUUCCUGCCUGUGAUUACACCCGGUAAACAUGUUGAGUAAAGCAGUUUCAUGUCAAAAAUCAGUGUUUCCCCAGCUCUGCUCUGCAGGAAAGAACGUCCCAGGGGUCUGAGAGCUGAGUUGACACUAAUGUUUGCUCAGCUCGUUUCUCUGAGAACUUAAGAUCCAGACAUCCAAUGACUAAGAUCCUUCAUCCGGUUAAAACAUAUUGUAGGGAACAACUAAGUGCAUUGCAAAAAGGUGUUACAUUUAUGAUAGCUUCUAGCAGACAACCACAAGAUUUACAGAUAGAUAUAACUAUUGUCAGUCGUCCAAACAAGACAUACUGUUAGCUUGAAAAAGACUACAGAUUUUUCAAUGUUUAAAAUGGUUUGAAACUCUCAGAGUUCGAAAGUUCUAAACCUCAACAGCAAAUGAUCACAAUCUCUGCAACCUUUGGUAGCCUUUAGCCUCUUUAAGCUUAAUGUUGGUCUCAUGGCCCAUGCACUGUACUUUACCUGCUCAGCACCAAACACAGUUAGAGACUAGCUGGUUAAAAAAAAGUGAAGUAUUAAACUGCUAAACAGCCGCAUACUUUGAUCAGAAGUUGGUGGAGACCAAAUCAGAGCCAAAAGGAAGAUGGUUAAGAUUGACGAGGUGGACACAAACUCAGUAUAUACUGUGAAUGCUGAUGUUGCUCCAUUCAAAAUAUGUUGUUAACAUGUUACAACUUUAUUAUGUGAAAAAUAGUAUGGCUGUUUAUCCGCUAGCUUAUUUGUAGCUUAAGUGGUUAAAAAUACUUUAAUGUUCAACAUAUUUGCAAUCAUUGGUUUCAAAGAACUUCAAAGCUUCAUUGAAAUCUUUCUGAAUCAUCCCAUACAUGUUUUAAUGCUUCACUCAACAAUGCAGUCUCCUGUAAAGUAUAUAUCUCCCCUGACCACCCAUUCAGGUUUAAAGUUUCAGAUGUAAGCCAUCUGCGUGCUCCGAUUCCUUUACAGUCCUCAUUGUGUUUACUGUAACGGUGAGAGACACAGUGUCCGUUCCUCUGAGGGUCCCUGCGUCAGUCUCUCAUGUCGCCCCUCCGUCGUCCCACACUGAGUUCUGAGAGUCCGUACGCAGAUGUAGAUGCAGACGGUUUCUUUGAAGAUGUUUCCUGCUGCCUGACAACAGCAGAGGGGGGUGUGAGAGAGCGUGUAGUGACGGCGACCUUACACUGGUUAAGACAAUGGGGGGGUCAGAAUAAACAGUUAGGACGGUAAUAUGAUGCUAAGAUGUGAGAGCAGGCUUUGAUUAAAGUUUAAUGGAGCUGCAGAAUCUACUGAGCUGUCAGGGAGCAGAUGAAAUUAUAAUAGGGUAAAUAUUAUGUUUAAAUAUGCGAACAAGGAAUACUCUAAUAUGUGUUAAUUAGCAUACAUUUCCAGAACAAAAAUCAGAAAAUGUUCAUUAAUAAAGUUUAAUGGAAGAAUAUUAGUAGAUACUUAAAAGUAGGGUAGGUAGUUCACUUCAGAAACACUUAAUUUAACAUCCCGAUAGCAAUGAAUAAAUAUAUUCAAAUAUUUAAUCUGUGGAAGCCGUGGCGCUGUAAAAAGCUAGACCAAUUAUCUGCCCCGACCCGCAGCUGAUAAUUGGAUGGCCUACCUGCCUGUCAGCCUUCCAUCUGUGCACAAACUUAUCUCGUGCCCUCAUUGGUC